AUGGAUCCGUCAUUUAUCAAAGUUCUAGAGAGUAGCUUGGAUCCAAGCUCCAAAUACUUCAUAGAAGCUCAACAGAAACUCCAAAUGGCUAAGGAGUCGAACCUGCCGGAAUUCAUAAAAGCUUUAUCAGAAGUUAUUGCUAACCAUGAAGCCGGAUCGGGAGCAAGGCACCUGGCAGGAAUACUGCUCAAGAACUGUUUUGAGUUCAAAACCGAAGAGGAAAAGAUGAAUUUCUACAAAAAUACAAGCGCAGAUGUCCUGUACUACCUGAAAAUACGUAUGAUCAAUGUAAUGAAAACAGGUAAGGAGUCACAGGCAGUGUUAGCGGCCUGUACAGUCGUGGCAAGAAUAGCCCAAAUCGAACUCAGUAACAAGUCCUGGCCGGAAUUCUUCGACAUCAUACUGGCGAUGGUGGAUUCUAACCAAUUCAACCAGACGAGGAGCUCACUUAUAUGCCUCAGUUAUCUAAUUGAGGAUCUAUCGAACAUUUACGAGAACCAGAACGUAAACUUGUUGAGUGAGGUUGAAGUUAAUAGGCUUCUAACAUCAGUAAUCAAGGGCGUUUAUAUAGAAGACCCGCAGUCUUGCAGAAUGGCGUUGAGAUCACUCCAAAACCUGCUGUUUUUCAUAGGCAAUAAUAUGGAAGUGGACGCAGAACGCGAUGUUAUAGUGGAGGCAAUUUGUAGGAGGUGCUCUGAUACCAAUGACAUUGAGAUCAGAACCGCAGCAUUCGACUGUUUGGUUCAGCUAGUCUCGGAAUACUAUUCACGGCUAAUUCCGUCGCUGCCAGUAAUUGUUCCGUUCCUCUGGCAGGCUAUAGACUCAAAAAUUGAACAAAUUGCAAUACCAGCGUUUGAGUUCUGGAACACCAUUUGCGAAAUUGAGAUGCAGAACUCCCUAAACUCCAAUGAUGGGAACUGCUCAACAGUAAGAACUGACUCGACUAAUCAAAGUAAUAACAGUCCAAUAGAAGGUGGUAUAAUAAAGCAGGUAAUCCCGUAUCUUUUGCCCAAGAUACUGUUUACAAUGACCUUGCACAAGUUUGAGGACAUGGACGUCGACACGUGGACACUGCCAAUGGCGGCUGGGAUAUGCCUUUCACUAUGCUCGCAGACAGUGAAGAACGAUAUUGUUCACUCAGUGCUGGAGUUCGUGAAGGAAAAUUUUAAAAGCGCAGAGUGGAAUAGGAGAGAGGCAGCAGUUCUGGCCUAUGGCUAUAUAAUGGAGGGCCCGGAUAGUGAAACUCUGAGAAUUCUAGUAUCUGAGUCAUUUGACAAUCUCUGCGAUGUGUUGGUGGAUUCAUCAAUAGCAGUCAGAGACACAGCAGCCUGGACAAUAGGUAGAAUAGCAACAUUCCAUUGCGAAGUUGUUCUGAAUCACUUGGGAUCGCCGGAUGUUCCCAACUCAAAUUUAUCAAAGAUAGUCAGAGCACUGUUCGAUGUCCCUAGAGUCGCUGUCAAUGUCUGUUAUUUUAUUAACGAACUAGCAGAACACAUAAAUGACUAUAACAAAGGUCCGACGAACUUGUUGGAUUGCAUGUUCGCAACACUCUGUGAAAUGCUCGUAAACAGGAGCACCAUGAAUGACACCUUGGAACGUAAUUUAUACGUCUCAAUAUAUAGCAGUUUGUGUGCGCUUAUUGCAGGAGUCUCAAACAACUGCAUGAGUGAGCUUGUGGCCCUGCUUGAUCAUUUUGUAGUAUUGGUGUCCCAAAUGACAUCAGCGGAUUCCAGCUACGAACAGAGACUUAAAACUCAGUCAGUCUUCGGAGCAAUUCAGGUGCUAGUGUCGAGGGUAGGAUAUGUCAAGAACCUUAACCAGCUCAUGAGUAGUAUAUUUGAAUUUUUAGCAGUUGACCUGGACGAGGACGCACUAUUGACGCUAAGCGCACUGGUAAAUGUCAUUGAAUUUGCACAGAUCCUUCCCUUCAUUCCCAAGAUCGUGGACGCUGUUUUAACAGGACUUCAGUCAGAAGUUGGAAUAUGUAAGAUUAGCAUAGGUCUGACAAGCGACGUGAGCAGGUGCAUGGAAUCACCCUUUUCCACAUACCUCGAAAGAUUCAUGACCAUUUUGAUUAAGAUUUUACAAGAUGUAAACGGAGACAAGACUCUAAAGCCGCUGAUCAUCGUCGCAAUUGGAGAUAUCGCAAUGGCAGUGGGAGGAGCAUUCUCCAGUUACGUUCAGAAUACCAUGACAUUGUUGCUCCAAGCAGCCACAACUACCUAUGAAAUGGGUCCCGUUGAUAACGAGGACUGGAUUUACUUUGUGAAUCAGCUCCAAGAGGCAUCCCUUCAGUGCUUUACAGGUAUUGUAUAUGGUCUUAAGGAAGGCGGAGCCCUUCAUUUGUUACGUCCAUAUGUCAGCUCACUACUCCAAUUUGCACAGCAGGUUGUUGAAACCCCAGACCCUUUUUUCGAUACCAACUUAUAUAAACUUGCUGUCUCACUCAUCGGUGACCUAUCUUCAUCAUUUGGAAGUGACCUGUCCCGUCACUUGGUGGACUCAAAUUUGAUAAGGGGAAUCGAAAAUAGACUUAAGCAACUUGAACUUGCCCAGGACCCAGGUAUCAAGGACUGCAGAGAUCGAGUGUGCUGGCUCCACUCCACGCUUGUUAUUAAGUGA